AUGAUGCACGAUCUCAAGGUCUGGUGCCCUUACCACAAGCACAGCAAGGUGCCUUAUGCGGGCCCCCGAGGCCCUUCAUGCAUCGAAGGGGCCAACGAGUCUACCAGCACCCUGGUCGGACAGUCGGCCAGCGGCGAGAGCAGUGCGAGCCUCCCUGAGUGUGCUGCGGUGAAACGCCCCCGUUUGGAGGACGGCGAGGCGUCCGGCAACAUCUUUGAGGAGCGGUGCAGCUGGGAAGGGAGCUUCACGGAUCUGUUGGCGUCACAUCUCGCGGAGUGCCCCUUGCAUCUGGUGCCGUGCCCGCAGGGCUGCGGUGCGAUUUGCCGCCGAAGGGACUUGGCGGCUCACGCUCCGAGCUGCCCAAAGAAUUUCGAGGAGUGUCCAAUCUGCAAAGCGGAAGUGCGAUUCGGAAGCAUGCUGGCCCACCGGAAAGAGAAAGCCGAGCUCCACGUGCAGCUUCUUGAAGCAAAGAUGCUGGAGAAGGGCCCGGACGGCUUCGAGGAUGCGUUGAACGAAAUUCGCAACAAGCUUACCGACAUCCAGUCAGACAGCCAGCGCACUGCAAAGUUGGAUCGACUGCAGGCUGAAGUGAAGCGCCACAUGUCGCUGCAAGCGGAAGUCCUGACGAAGAGCAUGAAAGACAUCCUCAAGCAGAGCACGACGCAAAUUUGGGAGAUCGAUGGGAUCCCCAACCUGCUGCAAAAGUAUCCACGCGCCCGGUCGCUGGAAUCUGAGAAGUUCUGCUUGGGAGCCAACGGCCCCUUCUUCAUCCAGUUCUAUCCGAACGGGGAUGCCCAGUCACAAACAGGCAAGUGCGGCCUCUUCCUGUGGGGCCCUGACUCCGUCUAUGUGAAAGCACGCUGGGCUCUGAACUCGGCCGAGCGCUUCAUCGACUUUGGGCCGGUGAAGACAGGCUGGGGGAGCUCGGACAUGUUCAGCACACCGGUCGGGUGUUCGUCGAUCAAGAUCUCAGUGGAGCUACUGGAGGUCGUGCGGCACAUGAAGACAGCGAUUCUCUGA